AUCAAUGAAUUUACUGGUAGAGCUUUAAGCCGCCUCACUCCAAAACGUAAUACCCUAUAUCAAAUCUAGUUUGUGGACUAGAAAAGGGCUUUUCUAGGUCACAAUGGAAAGUAUAUUAAAGGGAAAUGAGAUAGAUUUGAACAGAUUUCCACAACAGUCACUUGUAGCUCUCGAAUGCUUUGACACAGACUAACGAAAUUAACGAUUUUGGCUUCUUUAAAUAAGACAAAGUUAAAACAACGAAAAAUAGAAACAAAAAUAAAACUUUAAAAAUUGAAAACUUUAAUUCAUCAGAAAUAUUCAAACAUUAUUUAAAUAUAUAUAUAAUUUUUUUUUUAAAACAUUAUCGAAUUUAUUAUAGUAUUAUUUGUAGAGCCUUUUUGCGACUUAGGUUUGAAGUUCCUACAGCAGAAUACGGGUAAGACUCAUCGGAGGCUUGUUUGAAUAAGUAGAUUAACGAAAAAAGAUAUUCCAAAGAAAUGAAUCCUAGAUACAGAUUGCUGUUACUGUUGACCGUCUGUCUGGUCACAGUUGAUGAAGGUUGGUUCAAUUUUAUUUUACUUUACACUAAUUCUUGGUGUUCAGUGUAUUUUUUUCCUACUAGAUAAUUGCUAGAGGUUAUAUCAAUAACAACAGGGAAUCCAUUGAAUUCGGUCGUUUUCUAAAAAAUGAAGAUAUAUAAAUUAUGUAAUUCUCGACAGAAAUUAAUAAAUGAGUUUGAACAAUCGUAGCAAAUUCUAUAAAUAAGCAAAAAAUAAACCCAAAUGACUUGUUCAAAGUGAGAAUUGCUAAUACCCUAAAAUUGGGGGGUCAGGAUAAAUGUUUCAGAAUUACGUUGCUGGUGCCAAAUCUUAUUUCUUUAAGUCAAAAGAUUGCAAAUAUGAUAUAAAACAUUUUCAAACACGUACACAUAAGUCAACAGUUUGCAAAAAUUUUCAAAUAAGUCAAACAAAAUUCAGUUUUCUUUGAACAUCAACUCUUAACAGAUGACUUAACGAGUUUCGUGUUACAUAUAAAGGUUGUAUUUUAUUAUAAUGUGUGUUUAUAUGUGCAUUUCAUUGAUUAGUGGACCUGCUGUCGUUUCUUAACCCCCUCAAUAAACGUAUAACUAUUUCCUGACCAGGGCAUGCCGUACAUCUUGAGUUGAGUCCCAACACUUUCGAGGAAGGCGUCACUGACCACGUUGAUAUAACUUGCGUCCCGGACGGCACGGGGAUCUUGGCCAAGGAGAUCCUUCUGAUGGAGAUCUCCAAAGGUGGGGAGACCCCGAUCGUCAACAUACAGCCACCGACCAAGAUCAACUACGAACAUAAUUUGGAUGGACGUUUUGGGGUCAGGAAAUACUGUGCACUGUCUUGCCACCAUGAACACUCUUGUCAUCAUGAACACUCUUGCUAACAUGAACACUUUUGUCAUCAUGAACACUCUUGUCACCAUGAACACUCUUGGCAUCAUGAACAGUCUUGCUCAAGAACUGUCUUUUUAUCAUGAACAUACUUGCUAUCAUGAACAAUCUUGCUAUCAUGAACACUCUUGCUAUUACAAACAUUCUUGCUAUCAUGAACAUUCUUGCUAUUAUGAACAUUCUUCUUAUCAGAAACAUUCUUGCUAUCAUGAACACAGAAAUGCUCAUUCUAAUAUCUCUACCUUUCGAGAAAAAAAAAUUCAGUAAAAAAAAUUAAUAAUGAAUUUAGAUUAAUUGUUUUUUUUAAUGUAUUUUAAAAUUGGAGUUCAAUUAUUUUGAUUGAGAACUCAGUCCAAAUGGUAAGACUUGAGGACCAUUGUUACUUCCUGUUUCUGGUAAAGGGCCUUUAAUAACGUGAGUGCUCCAUUUAUCAGGCCACUGGUUUGAUCAACAACUCGUACAUACCUGACAGCCACAUCAGUUUGAGGAUCCAAUACCCGACCAGAGAAGAUGCGGGCAUCUAUACCUGUGUCAUGUCUUACCUGGGGGAGACAGGGCUUCUCAAACAAGAUCGAGACAGGGCGGAUCUAAUUAUCAAAAGUAAGAAGUUGUUUGAAUAAGGAAUGGUUGCUUUAACACCAAAUUUAACUAUAAGAGAUUCCCAGGCUGGGACUGUUCCUGUUGGUUGAAAUAGAUGUGUUUAAAGUGAUAUGUUGAAAGUGAUAUGUUGAAGGUGAUGUGUUGAAGGUGAUGUGUUGAAAGUGAUGUGCUGAAAGUGAUGUGCUGAAAGUAAUGUGUUGAAAGUGAAAAAAUAAAAAAUAAUUUUAUGAAAGUAAUAUAUUAAACCUAUACAAUUAAUCUUAAAAUGUUUAGACCAAAUUUUCUUAUGUAAGUGAUCAUUGAAAUCUAUCUUACUAUGGCUCAAAGUCAUAGACUGAAACGAGUAGAUGAUAACAUACUUGCAUCUUUGGGAUAAGAUAUUAAGAAGCCUAAUCUUUAUCAAAGCAAACUUAAAUUACAAGAAGUUUAUAAAAUCAGAAUGGGGUGUCAUCAUUAACUCGUUAUCCCUUUGUUGUACAGUCAACACCAAUGCCAGUUUGGAAGAUAAGGUCGGAAAUAUGCAGAAAAGUUUGGACAAUCUGUUAGUGCGGAUCAAGGCUGUUGAGGCAACCAACCAGAUCUUGUUGGCCGACAGCAGAAAUCAGUCGCAGCAGAUUCAGACGUUACGAGAAAAAGGUAAGCAGUUUGCAUAACUAGUUUUCAUGAUCAACUGUGAGUAGUAUAGUAAGUGCCAAAUGUAGCACACAUGGUCUUUGUAGUUAAACCAAUGAACAGGGUAGAAAUAACUUUGCUGAUCGAUGGCUCUAAUCAAAUUAAGAAUAUUUAAUAGAAUACCCACCAAAAAAAAAUAAUUUUUUUUGCACAUUAUGUAAAUGUUUGUUUGUUUUGUUAUUUGUUUCGUAUUUAUUUUUCCCUUGUUCUCUAUUACAGUUUAAAAUAUCUCGUUGAAGUUAAGCCUUUAUGAACGGUCGAUAAAGUAACUUCUGUAUUUGAAAAAAAAAAAAGAUCGUGUAAUUAGUAAAUGAAAAUUUUCUGGUCAUUAUCCUAGAUGAACAUAAUGCUACGAUAUUAAAGAUUUAACAGCUGGUCUUGGGCACCGAACGUAUGAAAUAGUAGAGAUCCAACAUGUUAAGCUAAAAUGCUUGACCUUUGACCUUUCAGUGGAGUAUACGGCUGCAUUCUCGGCCGCAGUCCGUCAAGAAAAAAAUAUAGUGACCGGUGACGUCAUAGUGUUUGGUGACGUCAUGCUGAAUGAAGGACAAGGCUAUAAUGAAACAACUGGGCUGUUCACGGCACCGGUCCCGGGUCUCUACGCCUUCCACUUGGUGCUAGAGAUUGGACAAGGCGGUGAGACUUUUUGUUUGUUAAUCUGUGCAAUGUUUGACUUAUUUUUCCAGUUAUCUGAAACAAGCAGAAUUUAAAUUUGUAAGACAUCAUCCCAGAUAAUCUACCAUUGCCGACGUUAGACUCAGGGGCGUCAUUUCAGGUUUUUUCGGUGCUGUUGGGGGGGGGGGCAAACCAAACUUUGGUCAGCUUGUUAAGUUUUUUAUUACUGGAGGCGCCACAGCACAAGCAAUUUAAAUAAACCUGCUUAUUCGGGGGGAGGGGGCGGCAAAUGCCUACCCAAAUGACGUCCCUGGCUAGACUUAAAGUUAGUUCUGAAUCAUUCUUUUUCUAAGCUUUUAACAAACCUUCUACAUACAGAGCCAUUGUUAACCAAAUGCUGCGCCCAGGGCGAAGCCUGAAUUUCGGCGCCCUAUACCCAAGGAAUGUUUAUUGAAACUACGAAAUGGUACAACGAAAUGUUACAACGAAAUGUUACAACGAAAUGGUACAACGAAAUGUUACAACGAAAUGGUACAACGAAAUGUUACAACGAAAUGUUACAACGAAAUGGUACAACGAAAUGUUACAGCGAAAUGUUACAACGAAAUGUUACAACGAAGUGUUACAACGAAAUGUUACAACGAAAUGUUACAACGAAAUGUUACAACAAAAUGGUACAACGAAAUGUUACAACGAAAUGUUACAACGAAAUGUCCGCCCUUUAGAAUCAUAUUGAACGGCUUGUUUCAUAACUAAACCUGUUUGCACCCCACCCCUUUCAUAGAGCCCUUUACCCACUUUCCACACACACAAAAACUGUCAUAAAGGUCCCUUUAUCUACCACUGUGUAUGUAUACAGUAUGUAUUCGAAAUAUUACUUACCAACUGUGAUCUGAAUGUCUUCACUGAUUGCACUCUCCUUUGGUUCUUCCAGGUGCGGUGGGAGAAAUCUUCCUCAACGUGGCCGGCAAAGACCAGGCGAAGAUGUACACGCAAGAUAAAGAUUUCGGCGACCAGGGGUCUGUCAGUGUCAUCCAGAGGCUCAAGAAAGGGGACGUUGUCAAGGCUGUGGUCUUUUUAGCUUCCGGAGUUACCCCGAGAAUACUGGCCGAGAAGCUCUGUGUGUUUUCUGGUAUUUUAAUUAAGUCAUGACUCUCUUAAUGUGGGGGUCUUUUUAAAAACAGCAUAAUUGAUGACAAGUCAGUGUGGAUGUUGUCAGUGUUGGCAAGUCAGUGUGGAUGUUGUCGGUGUUUGACAAGUCAGUGUGGAUGUUGUCAGUGUUUGAUAAGUCAGUAAGGAUGUUGUCAGUGUUGGCAAGUCAGUGUGGAUGUUGUCGGUGUUUGACAAGUCAGUAUGGAUUUUGUCAGUGUUGGCAAGUCAGUGUGGAUGUUGUCAGUGUUGACAAGUCAGUAUGGAUGUUGUCACUGUUGACUUUUGUUCGCGGACAUUUUGAUUCUUGCUUUGGAUUCACGAUCUGCAUCAUUUAUUUCUCUUCUUGUUGAAAAGUUUUGAAUUGAAAGAAUGUCCCUUACAAUCUUGUGAAAGCUUAUCGCUUACGACCUUGUGAAAGCAUAUCGCUUAAGACCUUUCGAUGUUGUAUACAUUUGUUUUUGCUGCACAAGAAGUUCUUGCACUUUUUAUUAUAUACCUUUUUUGUGUGCAUAAUGCCCUGUAUUUUAUUUAAAUAUUGUAAAUAAUCUGUAAAAUGUACCAAUUGAUCAUCUAUAUUGUGAAAGCUUUUUUGUUUCCACGUGGUUCUUAUGUUCGAUAAUAAAUUUUAACAUAAUGAUGUGCUUUGUGUGUCUGAUUUAAUUCAUUAUAUUCGAAGUUUUUAUUACGUCAUAAACCCAAAUAAAAUUACUGCCCUUGA